CUUGACUCGUACCUGGAGACUCGUGAGUCGUGAUCCUCCUUUUAACACCCACAACCCAAAACCUCUUCAGUCUUCACCAUUCCCCCUCUCUCUCAUACACUUUGCGUCAAUCUUCAGUUCCCCCUUCCUUUCGAUUUUAUUCUCCAAAUAUGACGAUUGGUUCUGGAGGAUCUAGCGUCGUCGUUCCCAGAAACUUCAGGUUGUUGGAAGAACUUGAACGUGGUGAGAAAGGGAUUGGAGAUGGGAGUGUCAGCUAUGGGAUGGAUGAUAGUGAUGAUAUUUACAUGCGCUCUUGGACGGGAACUAUCAUUGGCCCUCACAAUAGCGUACAUGAAGGUCGCAUUUAUCAAUUGAAGCUCUUCUGUGACAAAGAUUAUCCAGAGAAACCCCCAAGUGUUCGCUUCCACACACGAGUCAACAUGACUUGUGUAAAUCCUGAGAGUGGAAUGGUUGAACCAAAGAAGUUUGGAAUGCUGGUAAACUGGCAGAGAGAGUACACUAUGGAGGACAUUCUGACUCAGCUGAGGAAAGAAAUGGCUGCACCCCACAACCGAAAGCUUGUUCAACCUCCAGAAGGGACCUAUUUCUAAGCUAAACCUACUUGUUUAGCAAACACUAUCUUUCCAAGUAUGGAGACCCUAAAACAUCAGAACCUGAAUGGCCUAUAAUUCAGUACAUAGUUUUAUGAUUGCAUGAUGAUUGAUGUCUUCAAUCGGAUUCCUUAGUGUGUGUUCCCUGUAAGUCAGCUUUUAACUUUGAGACUUAAAAUGUGAAGUCCUAGUCGACUGAACCACUCGUCUCUGUAAUCUGUACGCUUAAUUGCUGAGGGAAAGUGGUGAAUUAGUACGUUGCUGAAA